AUGGAGUUCCUGGUGCCGCUGCACGCGGCGGACCUGGAGCUGGCCAAGGCGGGGCGCUACCACGUGCAGAGCGUGCUGACGUUCGAGGACGAGACGGCGGCCGAGAUCUCGGCGCGCGUGCAGCGGCUGGAGGACCGGGUGCUGGGCAGCGAGGCUGGGCUGGAGCUGCUGCAGGAGGACCCGCUGGACGUGGCGUACAGCCUCGUCAAGAAGCUGCCGGCGCUCUCGGAGCCGCUGCGCAUGCGCGUGGUGGAGAUGCUGGCCGCCUUCGUGUCCAACGCCACCGAGGGCGUGCUGGCGCGGCGCCCGGGCAGCGACGCGGAGGACGUGGCGCUCUACCGCAGCGCCUUCAAGGCCAGCGUCUACUUCCUCGUCACGGCGCUCACGAGCGUCAGCAGCCUGCAGGUGCAGGCCGAGAAGGACGUGCUCAAGCACAAGGGCAAGAAGAGCCAGACGUCGGCGCUCAACCGCGUCAACUGGAGCAAGGUCGUGGAGGGCGCCAUCCACAAGCUCAACCGCUCCGUCAACCCCGCGACCUUCAGCAUGUGGAACAUGAACGUGCCCGAAGAGGAGUUCUCCAUGCUGUACUGCAAAGUGGUGUUCGAGCUGCUGGGCAACGCGCCGCUCUGCCGGGGCAAGUCCUUCAAGCCCAAGCUCUACCAUCUGCUCGCGAUGAGCCUACAGAAGGCGCCUGCGAUCCACAUAUCAGUGGUGGCGUCGCUCAUCGACUUGAUCUACACGCACGAGCACUUGAGCGCAUCCAUCGCGGAGCUGGUCGAGCUGCUCUACUUCAAGUACGCCAACAUGACCUUCGCGGCGGACCUCAUCAGCGAGAUCGGCAAGAUCUCGUCGCGGGACGCCUCCAAGGACGUGGCCGGCACGCGCAACAUCGCCAUGUUUCUCUCGAGUCUGUCAACGCUCACGCCGGCGUUGAUCAUGGGGAAUCUGAGCUUCGUGUUGGCGUUGCUGGACUCAGAGGCGUACCAGCUGCGCAACGCUGCUGUUACGUGCGUGGCGCAGAUAUUGUUGUGGAACUUCCGUCAAAAUGGACUGGACCCUCAGACCGCCUCUACUGACGACGCUGCAGCAACGAAAAAGAAGUCGCGUAAGCAGAAGAAGAAGAAGAACGACGAGGAAACCAAGAGCGACGGAUCUGAUAGUGACGAAAGCAGCGAUGACGAGGGCGGCAGCAGCAGUGACUCAAACGACGACGACGAAGAGGCUAGCAAGACUUCUGCACAGGCCCCGCGCACGUUUUCUCGAUCCACGCGAGAUCAGCUCCUCAGUGUGCUUGAGGACCGCACACAUGACAUCAACUCUUUCGCGCGAGGCCACGUCUUGAAGAUGUGGGCGCUGUUGUGCGAGGAAGGAGCUUUGCCGCUGCACAUGCUCAAGAACGUGACGCUGAUGGCUGUCGGGCGGCUGCAGGACAAGGCCGCGGUGGUUCGCCGCCAUAGCAUUCACUUACUCUCUCUGUUAUUGGAGAGAAAUCCUUUUAUGGGGAACCUGGACCGAGACUUCUACGCGAAAAAGCGUGACGAAUUGACCGAGGAAAUGAAGAAGAAGCGUGACGAGGUCAUCGCUGGCGCGGAGAAGGAAAUGAGCGAAGCGCUGGGGGAGAUCGCCAUUCAGAGCGAAGAGGGGGCAUCUCCUUCGCCCCCCAGACCAGCAGUCUCCUCGGAAGAGGAAGCUGCUGCCCUUGAAAAAGAGUUGCAAAAGACUGUGCGCCUGUUGAAGUUCUACCAAGACGCGAUUGACUUCAUUGAUGAGUUCGAGCAGCGGGCAUUGCCGUUGAUGGGGCAGCUACUGGGAAGCAAAUCGAUCUCGGACGUGUUGGAGGCCAUUCAGUUCUUUGAGAAAGCGUAUCGUUUCCAUCUCGGAGCAGCUCAAACUGGGAUCAAGAAGGUUUUGCCGUUGACGUGGCGAUCUGAUGUGUCGAUUCAGGAGCAGUUGUCGAAUACGUUCGUGUCUUUGUUUAUUCGCAUCGAUGUGGACGAUCCUGAGCGCAAUUCACCGCAGCUCGUGGCUGAAAAUCUGGUCAAGUUUUUGGAUGAGUGCACUGUUGCGGAGUACACGUGUUUGGAGCGAAUUAUGGGAGAGCUUCAUCGCAGUCAAAAGGUACCGAUGGUGGUUAUCAGCUCUCUUUGGGCACUUGUGGAUGUCACUGUUUAUCCGAUCUCCGUUGUUAGCAAUGCUUUGGUGCUGCUGAGCAUGAUCGCGAACAUUGAUGAUUCGAUGCUGUUUUCGAACGACCGUCUGGGUCAAGUGCUCUCGAUGGGUUUUGGUGACGUGGCGUGCAGCCCUGGCUCGCGCUAUCGCGUUCUUGGCGCUGCCUGUCGAUUGGUACAGUGCAUUCAGCUAGAACCGAAGAAUGCGGUUGCGAAAAGCAACAGUCAGACCCAGCGGCGCAUUCAACGCUCGAAUCUGGAUGCGACCGAGCAGAUUAUCCUUCGGUUGCAGCGUUUCCUUGCUCUGGAUUUUGUUGGCGACGAAGGAAUUGAUUCGGAGUGCCUGCAUUCGACCUGGUUUGAUACCGUGCAGCAAGCAAUCGAGGCCAUAUUUUCUAUUUGUGAGCGUCCGGAAGAUGUGUGUGGUGACGUGAUUAAGCAUUUGUCGCUGCGUCUGUUUGAGAGUGAGACAAAUGAUGUUUCUCGUGUGGAGCUGGCACAUUUUUUCUUCGUGUUGGGCCACUCGGCAGUGAAAGUAGCCAUUCACGUGGAAAAGCUUGCCGCAAAAGUGAAGAAAAUGCGUGGUAACCGCACUGCUGCGGCGAGACCAUCCGAUAACUCAGCCUCCGCUGGGGAUGCCGAGGAUGUGAGUGCGAUGGAGGACGAGCUUGGUGUGGCCGCUGAGGUCGAGGCGGAGGAAGACACCUUUGUGAACAAUAUCAUUCAAAAAGAGAUUGCUUGCCGCAAUCUGCUGGGAAUGUACGGUCCUCUUAUUAUCCGAGUGCUUGUGGGCGCCGAGGAAGAGUUCAAGAACGACGAACUCUUGACCGAGUGUGCGGUGGUGGCUCUCAGCAAGUUUAUGGCCGUGUCCGAAGAGUUCUGCGAAAAGCACUUGCAGCUUCUGUUUACGAUUUUGCAAGAUUCUCCGCAGCCGUCCGUGCGAGGUGAUGUGAUUAUCGCGCUAGGAGACCUAUCGUUCCGAUUCCCCAACUUGGUGGAGCCUUGGACGUCGCAUCUGUACAACCGUUUACGUGACGUGAACCUGAACGUGCGCAAGAACACAAUCGUGGUGCUCUCCCACCUAAUUCUGAACGACAUGAUCAAGGUGAAGGGCCAAAUCAGCGAAAUCGCCAUCUCUUUGGUCGACGAGAACGACGGAAUCCGUAACCUUGCCAAGCUCUUUUUCUUCGAGCUGUCGAAGAAGGGAAACAACCCCAUUUACAACAUGCUUCCGGAUGCGAUUGGCCAGCUGUCCACCAGCGAGCUCGUGUCCAAUUCAGACUUUCAGACGAUCACGCGAUUCCUCAUCCAGUUUAUUACGAAGGAAAAACAAAUCGAAAGUAUCGUCGAAAAGCUGUCCCAGCGGUUCCCGACAGCGUCCAAGGUGCAGCAGCAGCGUGACCUGGCGUACUGUUUGGCACGCCUGCCGCACACAGAGAAGUCGCUCAAGUACUUGUACCAGAACCACAAGCUCUACAGUGAUGCUCUCCACGAUAGCGUGGUUGCCGACAACUUCACCUCUCUGGUGGCGAAAUCGCGGCGCGGGAACAGCGCGCUGACAGCGACGGCCGAAAUGAAAGAGGCUAUUGACAAGCUGGAUCAGUUCAUUGUCGGGAAGAAGGAGGGCAAGGAGGAGGGCGAUGCGAUGGAUGGCGAUUCCACGGAGCGUGCGACGUCACCGCAGGCCAAGAGCAGGGCGAAACGGAAGAUUUCCGUUAAAGGUGCGAAGACUACGCGAACUACGCCAAAGAAGAGAGAGCGGGCCAAGCGCAAGGUGACGCGUAAGCGCGUUGUGAGCGAAGAUUCCUCUGAAGAAGAGUGA